GCCGAAGAGUGUAUUAUUAUGGUGCUCCUCGAACUGAGGAACAGGAUUAUUUGAACAUUAAGUGGACGAGAACAGCGGAAAUGGGCGACCCGCGAGUGGAGUGGAUCCGAAACCGAGCGUUUGCUGCGUUUCAGCUCUCAGAGCCGGUGUGUUUCGAGGAGCUGCUCAGAAGACUAGAUGGAGAUGGAGACGGAGAGCGGAAGAUCUUGCAAUUCCUGAACGAGCUCUCCGAGCAUGAGUCUCCCUCAGCGCUCUUCUUCUUCAAAAGUGUGAGAGAAGAAGAGGUUGAAGUGGAGGUCCUCACCGAAAUGACCCCACCUGCUGUGGAUGAAAUUGGGCACCUUCUUGAAUAUGAUGAUGGGGAAAACGUAUCCCUCACUAGGACAGAGAUCCAGACUGUGUACCACAUAGAUCUGCAUGUGGCGCUGAACGCAAUCCCACAGAGGUUCAUCAAGUCCAACAUGUUCUACUUCCUCAGGAACACCAAAGAACCCAUCAUCGAGCCUGUUGAUAUCACUGAGGCUAAUAACCUGAUGCCCAGAUUCCUGGAGACAGGAAUGCUCAAUGGACACUCCUUGCUGAUGCUGAAGGAUGUUUUCAGUCAUGUGUACAUCCCCCAGCUUUCAGUCAGCCAGCUGAUGAUCACUGACGGCGGCUACCACCAGAGAGAGCAGGCGACCUCAGACAAGCCUCAGGGGGGCGACACAAGAGGGAGAGAGGAUCAAAAGCCCGCUGAGUUGCGGGGGAUGCUCAUGAUCCGGGACGAGUUGCUGAACAGCUCCCACAAGUUCCUUAGCCACAUUGAUAGGACCCUCCAGCAGCUGGAAGGUGAAAUCAAGCUGCACAUUCCAGAGAUGGACCUGGUCCCUGACGUCGAAGUGCUCGCUUCCAUGCCAGAAGUUGUGGAGAAGCUGGAGCAGUGUGUGAUGAACUGGCAGACUCAGACUACCAUCGUAAUUGAGGAGCAACAGAAGAAGAAGCCACAGGCUCCAGGUCCCAUGGCAGAGAUUGACUUCUGGCGGGAGCGUUCUGCUGUUCUGAGUGCCCUGAACGAGCAGCUGAAGUUGCCUGCGGUCAGGAAGGUUCUGGAUGUGAUGACCCAUGCUGAUCCAGUCACCAUGCAGAGCCUGGACUUGACCAUUACUGAGCUUAGCAAGUUACACGUGGAAUCCGUGGAGAACGUGCGCUUCCUCAGCACGCUAGAGAGACAAUUCAAGAACCUGGCCACAGCAACGGACUUUCGUGUGAUUCUGGACACCAUCCCGGGAAUGAUGAAUGGCCUGCGCAUGGUGUGGAUCAUCUCUAGUCACUACAACAAGGAUGAGCGCAUGGUGCCCCUCAUGGAGCGCAUCGCCUGGGAGCUGUCAGAGCGGGUGUCACGCGUGGUCAACGUGCGCACACUCUUCAAAGACAAGAGAGAGGUGGCGAAGGCCAAAGCCCAUGAUGGUAAACAGGUGCUGGACCUGUGGAAGAGCUGCUACUUUGAAGUGCGUGCCAAGAUCGAGAUGUCCGGCCGAGACUCGCGUUGGGAAUUUGACCGCAAGAAGUUGUUUGAAAGGACAGAGUACAUGGCCUCCAUCUGCCAGGACCUCUACAACAUAUUGCUGGUUCUGGAGGAGUUCUACAAUAUUCUUGGCCCAGAGCUAAAGGCAGUAACGGGUGACCCCAAACGCAUUGAUGAGGUAAUCCAUUUGGUUGAUGGUCUCGUAGUACCCAUCGAACAGCUCAGCUUUGACCCAUUCAACAUCCGCAAGACGGGCAGCUGGAAGCUGGUCAUGAAGGACUUCAAGGCCAGAGUGCAGGAUAUUGAGGGAGAAACCAUCACCUUCAUAGAUCAGUCUUUCAAGACACUGCGCUCAGCUGAGGCUGCCUUUGACAUGCUGCUGAAGUUCAAGCACAUUCGCUCUAGAGAUGCCAUCAACAGCCACAUGAUGAAGAAAUUUAAUGAUAUUUUGGCACAGUACUGCAAGGAGGUGGACAUCGUCAGUGGGCUGUUCACUCAGAACAGGGAUAAGCCGCCCCUGAUCAAGAACCAGCCACCAGUAGCAGGAUCCAUCUUCUGGGAGCGGUCACUUUUCCACCGCAUCAAGCACACCAUCCUCCGCUUCCAGGAGGUCCCGGAGAUGCUGGAGAGUGACCAGGGCAAAAUGGCUAAGGCAAAGUAUCUGGAAGUAGGAAGGAGCAUGAAGGACUAUGAGGUGAAGAAGUAUGAGCGCUGGCGGGAGGAGACAGAACAGAACCUGCCGCUGCAGAUGAAGAGGAACCUGCUAGUUGUGCGCAAUAGUGCCGGGGCUGUCAUUGCAGAUGGCACAGACUUGGCUGUGGGCGACCAGGAUUUGGAGAGGGGUGUUAGCUACAUGGUGAACUUUGCACCCGAGCUAAAACAGAUCAUCUCUGAGACCAAGUACUUGGAGCAGCUGGGCUACACUGUGCCAGAACUUGCCCGCAAUGUUGCCUUGCAGGAAGACAAGAUUCUUAGACAUGUUGAUGGACUGAACAACCUGGUGAAGCGCUACCAAAGCAUGAUGAACUUGCUGAAUGAUACCGAGUUUCUACUGCUGUCUGAUCAAAUCAAUGAGGUGAAGAGGGUGAUGCGUAUCGGUCACAAGCGGUUGAACUGGAAUGCUCUUGGUAUCACAGAGUUCAUCAACCGUGGCACCCAGGCCAUCUCUAAGUUUGAGUCCCUUGUGAACCAAAUUCAACACAACAAGAGAGACAUCGAUUUGAAGCUACAGUCCAUAGAAUCAGCCAACUUGUUCAAAUUCCCAGUACCUGCUAAGUCUGGUUCUCUUCCAGGGGUGAAGGAGUUCUGCAAGUUGAUGGAACAGGAACGAGCAAAGGACAUCAACCUGCUGAGCAGGAAGUACUCUACAAUUGGCCCCUUGCUGAUCAAAAUGGAGAGCCUCAUCAUGCAGACAAGCAGUGGCAAAGCCAAGCGGAUGGCCCCCUACUACUCUUACUGGGAGUGCAAGAUCUUUGAUUCCCUCAUGAGGAUGGUACUAAGGAACAUCCAGAAUUUCAACUCUGCCCUGAUGGGCAAUGUACCACUUUUCCAAAUUGAAACCAUCCUCUCUGCCCCAGAAAUCAUGUUGCAUCCCAAAAACAGUGAGGUGUACAAGCUCAUCAUGCUGUGUGUCAGAGACUCUGUGGAGUGUACCAAGCGGUUUACACGCUGGAUGCAUGGGACUUGCAUCGAAUGUCCCCCACAGCAAGUGAACGGGGAAGAUGAGCCAGUGAUCUGCAGUUUUCACAGCGAGAUAUCGCAGCAUCUGCAGGUCAGCGAGCAGGCUCUGGCCAUCUCCCAGAGCAUGCAGCGUCUGCUCAGCGCUGUGGCACGCUAUCUCAGCCGCUGGAAGAGGUACCGUCCCCUUUGGAAAUUGGACAGGGCCAUUGUCAUGGAGAAGUUUGCUGCCAAAAAGCCCUCCUGUGUUGCAUAUGAUGAGAAGCUGCAGUUCUACACCUGGGUGUGCCAGGAGGUGGCAGAGCAGCCCUUGUGGAAGGAUGAGCAUGUGCUCCGGCUCAACCUGGAACCCCUGGCCCGCAGCGUGCAGGAGAAUGCCCGGGCCUGGGUCAGUUCACUCGGGCACUUGCUGAACGAGUCAACUCGGGAUGACCUUUUCAAGCUACACGAUGAGCUGAAACAACUGUCAGAACAACUAAAGAGGAGCCCAGACACGCUGGAGAACCUGAAAUUUGUGUUGAGUACAAUCUCAAACAUCCGAGACAUGUCGCUGUCAGUGGAGACGCGGUUUACGGAUAUCCAGGAGAAAUACAGGACCCUCGGCAUGUACAGCGUGGUGGUGACGGAUGAGGAGCUAGAGCUGGCAGGCAGCAUCGCGUGCCAGUGGAGCGACUUGUUGGCUGAGUCUCGCUGUGUGGACCGCAGCUUGGGUCGGGUCAAGAAGACCUUUACUGAGAUCACGAAGCAGCAGGUUGAGGUCUACAAGCAAGAGCUUUUCUCAUUUGCUGAUAGCUUCAACAAAGAGGGGCCUGGGGCAGUGGGGGACGACUUGGAGAAAGGGCUGACCUUGAUGGCUACGUAUGAGCAGCUGCUGGUGCAAAUAGAGGCGGGCCGACAGGAGCUAGCCAAUGCAGAGAAGCUCUUCAACCUAUCCAUCACCAUGUACCCAGAGCUUCUUAGUGUGCAAAUAGAGAUGAGGGGAUUGCGGCAGAUCUACGAAAUUUAUAAGGCCCAGAAAGCAGCCAAGGCGGAAUGGUCCCAGACACUUUGGGCCAAUUUAAACAUCCAGCUUCUUCAAGAGGGCAUUGAAGGCUUCAUCAAAAGCCUCCGAAAGCUGCCCAAAGAUGUGCGGGCCCUACCGCAAGCUUUUUUCCUGGAGGGCCGCAUGAAGGAAUUCAAGGACUCUCUUCCCCUCCUUUUGGACCUGAAGAAUGAGGCUUUGAGGGACAGACACUGGAGAGAACUAAUGCAGCGAACAGGCACCAGUUUUGAGAUGAACCCUGACACCUUCACCCUGGAGAACAUGUUUGCCAUGGAGCUGCAUAAGUAUGGCAAUGUGAUCAGUGACAUAGUGAAUUCUGCUGUCAAGGAACUGAGUAUUGAAAAGGGUGUGAAGGAAGUGGUGGACACCUGGGAGAACAUGAAGUUCAGUGUGCAGCGCUAUUUCAAAGGCACUCAAGAGCGGGGCCUCAUACUUGGGGCUGUAGAUGACAUCCUUCAGAGCCUAGAUGACAAUGCAAUGAAUCUGCAGAGCAUGGUGGGAAGCCGCUUUGUUGGGCCCUUCCUGGUCAGCGUACAGCAGUGGGAGAGGAAUCUGUCCCUCAUCAGUGAGGUUAUUGAGGUAUGGAUGAUUGUGCAACGUAAGUGGAUGUAUCUAGAGAGCAUCUUCAUCGGUGGAGACAUCCGUUCUCAGCUGCCUGAAGAGGCGAGGAAGUUUGACAACAUUGACAAAAUGUUCAAAAAGAUAAUGAUGGAAACAAUGAAGGACCCAGGUAUUAAAAGGUGCUGCCUGGUGCCCAAUCGGCUAUCAGAACUGCAGGACCUGAGCGAGGGGCUGGAGCGCUGUCAGAAGAGCCUGAAUGACUACCUGGACUCCAAGCGGAACGCAUUCCCUCGCUUCUUCUUCAUCUCUGAUGAUGAGCUCCUCAGUAUACUGGGCAGCAGUGACCCAGGUUGUGUUCAAGAGCACAUGAUCAAGAUGUACGACAACAUAGCUUCCUUGCGCUUCAAAGACGGGGCAAAUGGGGAGACGAUCGCAGCAGCCAUGGUGUCUGCAGAGGGAGAGGUGAUGGACUUCAAGCAGCCUGUGCCGGCUGAGGGCCGGGUGGAGGACUGGAUGACUGGGGUGCUCUUGGAGAUGAGGAGGACCAACCGGCUCAUUACCAAGGAGGCCAUCUUCCGCUACUGCGAAGACCGCAGCAGGGUGGACUGGAUGCUGCUGUAUCAGGGUAUGGUGGUCCUGGCUGGCAACCAGGUGUGGUGGACUUGGGAAGUGGAGGACGUGUUCAACAAGGUGCAAAAGGGUGAGAAGCAGGCACUGAAAAACUACGCCAAAAAGAUGCAUCAGCAGAUCGAUGAUCUUGUGAAGCGCAUCACCCUGCCGAUGAUGAAGAAUGACCGGCGCAAAAUCAACACAGUCCUCAUCAUCGAUGUCCAUGCCAGGGAUAUUGUGGACAGCUUUGUCAGGGACAGUAUUAUGGAUGUUCGUGAGUUUGAAUGGGAGAGCCAGCUGCGUUUCUACUGGGACCGGGAGCCAGAUGACCUGUUUGUGCGCCAGUGCAGCGCAACCUUCUCCUACGGAUACGAGUACAUGGGACUCAAUGGCCGCCUGGUUAUCACCCCUCUGACAGACAGGAUCUACCUGACUCUCACACAGGCGCUGUCCAUGUUCCUGGGUGGAGCUCCAGCAGGCCCUGCGGGCACAGGCAAGACUGAGUCUACUAAAGAUCUGGCCAAGGCCCUGGGCUUGCUGUGUGUGGUCACCAACUGUGGAGAAGGCAUGGACUACAUGGCUGUGGGGAAGAUCUUUUCAGGGCUGGCCCAGUGCGGAGCGUGGGGUUGCUUCGACGAGUUCAACCGAAUCGAUGCCUCUGUCCUGUCUGUCAUCUCCUCUCAGAUUCAGACCAUCCGCAAUGCACUCAUCCUGCAUCUUGAGAGGUUUCUUUUUGAGGGUCAGGAGAUUACGCUGGACAGCAGAAUGGGGAUCUUUAUCACUAUGAACCCAGGUUAUGCGGGUCGCACAGAACUCCCAGAAUCAGUGAAGGCCCUGUUCCGCCCUGUGGUGGUCAUUGUUCCUGAUCUGCAGCAGAUCUGUGAGAUCAUGCUCUUCUCAGAGGGCUUCCUCAUGGCUAAGAUUCUGGCUAAGAAGAUGACAGUACUGUACAAGUUGGCUCGGGAACAGCUCUCCAAGCAAUUCCACUAUGACUUUGGUCUGCGAGCUCUGAAGUCAGUGCUUGUGAUGGCUGGAGAGCUAAAGAGAGGUUCCCCCGAACUGAAUGAGGAUGUCGUGCUGAUGCGUGCCUUACGGGACAUGAACCUCCCAAAGUUUGUGUUUGAGGAUGUGCCCCUCUUCCUGGGCCUUAUCUCAGAUCUGUUCCCGGGUUUGGACUGUCCGCGCGUACGUUACCCCAGCUUCAACGAUGCAGUGGAGCAGACGCUGCAGGAGAAUAGGUUCAUCUUGCUCCCCAAUCAGGUUGACAAAGUGGUGCAGAUGUAUGAGACCAUGAUGACCAGACACACCACAAUGAUCGUGGGACCCACAGGAGGAGGAAAGUCUGUGGUUAUCAGCACCCUUUGCCAGGCCCAAACCAAGUUGGGAUUGGUCACCAAACUGUAUCCCUUGAACCCCAAGGCAAUGAGUGUGAUAGAGCUGUAUGGAAUUCUAGAUCCUAUUACGAGGGACUGGACUGAUGGCAUCCUGUCAAACAUUUUCCGGGACAUCAACAAACCCACUGACAAAAAAGAACGAAGGUACAUCCUGUUUGACGGGGAUGUAGAUGCUCUCUGGGUGGAAAACAUGAACUCAGUGAUGGAUGACAACAAGCUGCUGACGUUGGCCAACGGGGAGCGGAUCCGUCUCCAGAGCCACUGCGCACUCUUGUUUGAGGUGGGAGACCUUCAGUAUGCCUCACCUGCCACAGUCUCCCGCUGCGGGAUGGUGUUUGUUGAUCCAAAAAACUUGCGUUAUAGUCCUUACUGGCAGAAGUGGGUCAACAACAGGCCUCUCAACGAACAGCCAGAGUUGAGCAGGUUGUUCCAGAAGUAUGUGCCCAGCAUUAUUGACAUGAUUGUGGAUGGAAUUGUGGAUGGCAAGCAGGGUGAGAAGCUGAAGACUGUUGUCCCUCAGACAGACUUGAAUAUGGUGAUGCAACUGUCCAUGAUGCUGGAUGCCCUGCUGGAGACAAGGGAGGUGGGCACGGGCGUACUGGAAUGCUACUUCCUAGAAGCCUUGUACUGCUCUCUGGGGGGUACCUUGCUUGAUCAUGGGAGACAGAAGUUUGAUGAGUUUAUUAAGAGACUGUCCAACUUCUCUAUGGUCCACAAUGAGAAGGAGUUGGCUGGACCUGGGGAACUGCCUGGUUACCUUCCUACUUUGUAUGAUUUCCAUUUCGAUGGAAAUUUAAAGAAGUGGGUACCCUGGAGUUCACAGGUUUCCAAGUAUAUCUACAACCCUGAAGUCAAGUUCAUUGACAUACUUGUCCCCACCGUGGACACCACACGUACCAGCUGGCUGCUGGAGCAGAUGGUGAAGGUAAAGAGGCCAGUGGUAAUGGUGGGUGAGUCAGGUACUUCGAAAACAGCCACCACGCAGAACUUCCUGAAGAACCUCAACACAGAAACAACUAUGGUACUAACGAUCAACUUCUCCUCACGGACCACAUCAAUGGACCUUCAGAGGAACCUUGAGGCCAAUGUUGAGAAGAGGACCAAGGAAACAUAUGGACCUCCUAUGGGCAAGAGGCUUCUGGUCUUUAUGGAUGACCUCAACAUGCCAAGGGUGGAUGAGUAUGGAACCCAGCAGCCCAUAGCCCUACUCAAACUGUUGCUGGAUCGAGGAGGAAUGUAUGACCGUGGCAAGGAACUUAACUACAAGAUCUUGAAGGACCUGGGCUUCAUUGCUGCCAUGGGAAAGGCUGGAGGGGGACGCAAUGAAGUUGACCCACGCUUCAUCUCCCUCUUCAGUGUCUUCAAUAUCCCCUUUCCCGAGGAAGAGUCCCUUCAUCUGAUUUACACCUCCAUCCUGAAGGGCCACACCAAAGCAUUUGAGGAGUGCAUACAAAAGAUGUGUGAGAAGUUGACUUUUUGCACGCUGGAGCUAUACAAAAACAUUGUUAAAGACCUGCCUCCAACACCCUCCAAAUUCCACUACAUCUUCAACCUGAGGGACCUAUCCAGGGUUUACAAUGGCCUGACGUUGACCAGUGGUGAACGGUUCCUCACCGUCGGCCAGUUUGUACGGGUAUGGAGGAAUGAAUGUCUUCGAGUGUUCCAUGACAGACUCGUUGAUGAAAUUGACAAAGCGCUGGUCCAGGGCCACAUUAGAAGCCUGAUAGAACAGUACUUCAAGGAUGAACUGGAGUCUGCAAUGAGAGAUCCCAUCUUGUUUGGAGACUAUAGGACAGCCCUCAAUGAGUCUGAACCUUCGGUCUAUGAGGACAUCCAGGACUAUGAAGCCUCCAAAGCCUUGUUCCAGGAAAUCCUUGAAGAAUACAAUGAGAACAAGACUCGCAUGAACUUGGUUCUGUUUGACGAUGCUCUAGAACACCUGACUCGUGUGCAUCGCAUCAUCCGCAUGAACCGUGGCCACGCCCUGCUGGUGGGGGUUGGAGGAUCGGGAAAGCAGUCCCUUACCAAGCUCUCGGCCUUCGCUGCCGGCUGCGAGGUGUAUGAAAUUGUGCUGAGCAGAGGUUACUGUGAAACGAAUUUCCGUGAAGACUUGAAAACCCUCUACCUCAAGCUGGGCAUUGAGAACAAGAAGAUGGUGUUUCUCUUCACAGAUGCUCAUGUGGCAGAAGAGGGAUUCCUGGAACUUAUUAACAACAUGCUCACCUCAGGUAUGGUGCCUGCUCUUUUCCCUGAUGAAGAAAAAGAGUCCAUACUUGGUCAGCUCCGUGAUGAGGCCACAAAAAAUGGCGCUGGCCCAUCCAAGGAGAGCAUUUGGCAGUACUUUGUCAACAAGAGUGCCAACAACCUCCAUAUUGUUCUGGGUAUGUCCCCAGUGGGAGACACCUUGAGGACCCGUUGCAGAAAUUUCCCAGGGCUUGUGAACAACACAGGAAUUGACUGGUUUCUGCCCUGGCCUCCUCAAGCACUGCAAGCUGUGGCCCAGUCCUUCCUAGGCGAGAACCCCAUGAUACCAAGCAUACACAUGGAGGCGGUCAUUGACCAUGUUUGCAUGGUGCAUGAGUCUGUUGGACAGUACAGCAAGAAGUUCCUGCAGAAGUUGCGCCGCAGCAACUAUGUGACCCCAAAGAAUUACCUGGACUUCAUCAACACCUACUCCGGCUUGCUGGAGAACAAGGACCAAUACAUACUGGCACAGUGCCGACGUCUGGAGGGAGGUCUAGACAAGCUGAAGGAGGCCAGCGUGCAGCUGGCAGAACUCAACACCAAGCUGGCUGAGCAAAAGGUAGUGCUGGCCGAAAAGUCAUCAGCCUGUGAGAUCCUUCUGCAGGAGAUCUCCACCAACACUGCUGUCGCGGAGGAGAAGAAGACAUUGGCAGAGGACAAGGCCAAGGAGAUCGAGGAGCAGAACAAGGUCAUUGCUGUGGAAAAGAAGGAUGCGGAGAGUUCGCUGGCAGAGGCCCUGCCCGCCCUAGAAGCUGCUCGCGUUGCCCUGCAGGACCUGGACAAGUCUGACGUGACCGAGAUCAGGUCAUUUGCAAAACCCCCCAAGCAGGUGCAGGUUGUGUGUGAGUGCAUCCUGGUGAUACGUGGAUAUAAGGAGAUCAGCUGGAAGGCGGCCAAGGGGAUGAUGUCAGAGGCAAACUUUCUGCGCACGCUCAUGGACAUGGACUGUGACACCAUCAGCGGCAAACAGGUCCAGACCGUAAGAGGGUUUCUGAAGAAUCUCAACACGAGCUUCGAUGAGAUGCAGGCCAUCAGCAAGGCAGGCUCGGGAAUGCUCAAGUUUGUCGAGGCCGUCAUGGGUUACUGCGACGUGGCCCGUGAGAUCAAGCCCAAGAGGGAGAAGGUGGCACGCCUAGAGAAGAACUUCUUCCAGAGCAAGCGGGAACUGGAGCGCAUCCAGAAUGAGCUGAAUGCCAUCCAGACUGAGCUGCAGGCGCUUGGGGAGAAGUACAGUGCUGCCAUGGGGGAGAAGCAGCUUCUUCAGGAGGAGGCCGAAGUCAUGGAGAGGAGGCUCAUUGCUGCGGACAAGCUUAUUUCGGGACUCGGCUCCGAGAACGAGCGGUGGACAGAUGACUUGGAGGAGCUAAAGCAGCGCCGUGUGCGCCUGCUGGGGGACUGCCUCAUUUGCGCUGCCUUCUUGAGCUAUGAGGGGGCCUUCAACUGGGACUUCCGCAGUGAGAUGGUGUAUGAGGUGUGGCAGAGCGAUGUAUUGGCUCGCUCCAUCCCACUCAGCCAGCCUUUCCGCCUGGAAAGCCUGCUCACAGACGAAGUGGAGAUCAGCAGGUGGGGCUCUGAGGGGCUGCCCCCAGAUGAACUGUCAGUGCAGAAUGGUAUCUUGACGACGCGAGCCAGCCGCUUCCCCUUGUGCAUCGACCCCCAACAGCAGGCCCUCAACUGGAUCAAAAAGAAGGAGGAGAAAAAUAACCUAAAGCUCUCCUCCUUCAAUGAUCCGGACUUCUUGAAGCAGCUUGAGAUGGCAAUCAAGUAUGGUUUCCCUUUCCUGUUCCAGGAUGUAGAUGAAUACAUUGACCCUGUCAUUGACAAUGUUCUAGAGAAGAACAUCAAGGGGGUGCAGGGCCGGCAGAUCAUUGUGCUUGGGGACAAGGAAGUGGACUAUGAUCCCAACUUCAAACUGUACCUCAACACAAAGUUGGCCAACCCCAAAUACUCACCAUCCGUCUUCGGGAAAGCCAUGGUCAUCAACUACACUGUCACUCUGAAGGGUCUGGAAGACCAGCUGCUGAGCGUGAUUGUGGGCUUUGAGCGCAAGGAACUCGAGGAGCAGCGGGAGCGUCUGAUCCAGGAGACGAGUGAGAACAAGCGCCUGCUGAAGGACCUGGAGGACUCGCUGCUGCGGGAGCUGGUCACUUCCACAGGGAACAUGUUAGACAACGUUGAGCUGGUGCACAAACUGGAGGAGACUAAGUCCAAAGCUAGUGAGGUGUUCGAGAAACUGAAGUUAGCAGAGAAGACAUCAGUGGAGAUUGACACGCUGAGGGACGGCUAUCGGCCAGCAGCUAAGCGUGGCGCCAUCCUGUUCUUCGUACUGGCGGAGAUGGCCCUGGUGAACAGCAUGUACCAGUACUCCCUGGCCUCCUUCCUCGAGGUGUUUGACUUUUCUCUGCGCAGGUCCUUGCCCGACUCGGUCCUGUCAAAGAGGCUGAAGAACAUCAUGGACACCCUCACCCAUAACGUCUACAACUAUGGCUGCACUGGUCUGUUUGAGAGACACAAGCUGCUCUUCUCCUUCAACAUGACCAUCAAGAUGGAGCAGGCAGAGGGCAGAGCCCCUCAGGAGGAGCUGGAGUUCUUCCUGAAGGGAAAUCUGUCCCUGGAGAAGAGUAGACGGAAGAAGCCGUGUGCGUGGCUCCCACCGCAGAGCUGGGAAGACCUCAUUCGACUCUCUGAGCUCUUCCAGAACAAUUUCGGGAGCCUGCCUGAUGACAUGGAGAAGAAUGCAGAAGAAUGGGAACAGUGGUACGACCUGGAUGUACCGGAGCAGGCAGUCUUCCCCUCCAGGUACACUGAGAACCUGACACCUUUCCAGAAACUGCUCCUGCUGCGGUGUUUCCGUGUGGACCGUGUUUACCGUGCUGUCACCGACUAUGUGACUGUCACUUUGGGUGAGAAGUACGUGCAGCCUCCUGUCAUCAGUUUCGAGGCCAUUUUCGAGCAGAGUACCCCAAACUCCCCCAUUGUCUUCAUCCUAAGCCCUGGAGCUGACCCUGCCAGUGACCUCAUGAAGCUGGCUGAGAAAUUGGGCUUUGGAGGCAGUCGCCUGAAGUUCUUGGCCAUGGGGCAGGGACAGGAGAAAGUGGCACUGCAGUUGCUGGAGAUGGCUGUCUUUCGGGGCCAGUGGCUCAUGCUGCAGAAUUGCCACCUGCUGGUGAGGUGGCUCAGGGACCUGGAGAAGUCCCUGGAAAGGAUCACGAAGCCUCACCCCGAUUUCCGCCUCUGGCUCACCACUGACCCCAUCAAGGACUUCCCCAUUGGCAUCCUGCAAAAGUCCCUCAAGGUGGUGACAGAGCCUCCUAACGGGCUGAAGCUCAACUUGCGCGCCACCUACUUCAAGAUCUCUCACGAAGUGCUGAUGAGCUGCCCGCACCCGGCCUUCCGCACUCUCGUCUUCGUGCUGGCCUUCUUCCACGCCGUGGUGCAGGAGCGCCGCAAGUAUGGCAAGAUCGGCUGGAACGUCCCAUACGACUUCAACGAGUCCGACUUCCAAGUGUGUAUGGAGAUCCUGAAUACAUACCUGACCAAAGCACACAAUCAGAAGGACACCAAGAUCCCCUGGGGAAGCCUGAAGUACCUUAUUGGAGAGGUGAUGUACGGGGGGCGUGCUAUUGACAGCUUCGAUCGCAGGAUCCUCACGGUCUACAUGGACGAGUACCUAGGGGACUUCAUCUUCGACACCUUCCAGCCAUUUCAUUUCUUCCACAACAAAGAUGUGGACUACAGGAUCCCAGAAGAUGGGCCAAAGGAGAACUAUGUUGAUGAGAUUGAACUCCUGCCACUGUCAAAUACCCCGGAAGUGUUUGGCCUUCACCCCAACGCUGAGAUAGGCUACUACACACAGGCAGCACGGGACAUGUGGACCCACCUGAUUGAGUUGCAACCCCAGACAGGGGAGUCCGGUGGGGGCAUCAGCCGCGACGACUACAUCGCCCAGGUAGCACGUGACAUCCAGAGCAAGCUGCCCAAGGUCUUCGACCUGGACGUGAUCCGCAAGAGCUUUGGGCUCGACGUCUCCCCCACCUCGGUGGUGCUGCUGCAGGAACUCGAGCGCUUCAACAAGCUUGUGGUGCGCAUGGGUCGCUCUCUGGCUGAGCUGCAGAGGGCCCUGGCAGGCGAAGUGGGGAUGAGCAGUGAGCUGGAUGAGGUGGCGCGUGCCUUUUUCAACGGUCAAAUCCCAGCCAUCUGGAGGAAGCUGGCUCCCGACACCCUCAAAUCCCUGGGAAACUGGAUGGUGCACUUCAAGAGGAGGUUUGACCAGUACAGCUCCUGGGUGGAGGAGGGAGAACCCAUCGUCAUGUGGCUGUCGGGACUCCACAUCCCAGAGUCGUAUCUGACAGCACUGGUCCAGGCCACCUGCCGUAAGAAUGGCUGGCCCCUGGACCGCUCUACACUCUACACACAGGUGACCAAGUACAACACAGCAGAGGAGGUCACUGAGAAGCCUGGGCAGGGCUGCUUUGUGUCUGGCCUAUACCUGGAGGGGGCCGACUGGGACAUCGAAGAAGGAUGUCUGGUGCGCAGCAAGCCGAAAGUGUUGGUGGUCCAGCUGCCUGUUCUCAAGGUGAUCCCCAUUGAAGCUCACCGCCUCAAACUGCAGAACACACUACGUACCCCUGUGUACACCACAUCAAUGCGGAGGAACGCCAUGGGAGUGGGCUUAGUGUUUGAGGCGGACCUCUUCACCACAAAGCACAUGUCUCACUGGGUGCUGCAGGGGGUCUGCCUGCUCCUCAACGCAGACUGAGGGCCUCAUUACUGCUUUUGUCAGUCACCACUCUUUAAAAAACAACUUCCAUCAUCUGUCAGUGCAUAAUGAAGUCUGUGUUCUUUUUUUAUUUUUUGCCCUCUAUUUACUUUCCUCCUUUUUAUGCCUUUUUCCUUUUUUACCUAUUUGCUUGCGUAUCGCUGUUCUAUGUGAUAACACAGCACAGAGUGGAAGGCUCUAGAAAGUAAGGAACACUGCAGUCCUUGUUACUUGUGGUUUCCCACCAGUGAGUGUAUGAAUGCAGCAGCUACACCUGAUGAGGAUAUUUUGGGAACAUGAGAGAAUCAGGUCAGAAUGGAGGGUGUGUGAACUAGAAGCAGAACUGAAGAGGAACGGCGGAAGACUGGUGCAGAUGAGAACUAAGCAGCUGCUGCGAUGGGUCACAUCUGGAAAGAAACUGCAAAGUUUUAUUGUCUCAUCACUCAUCUCUGAAAAACCGGGAAUAAAAUGAUAAAGAACAGUUCCAACAUGUACCAGUUCACUGCAACUCUUUUUC